UCAAAUAUUUAUUAAUGCCAGUUUGCACACGCUCUGAUAAAAAGUCAAGUGUGAUCCAAACACAUUUGGCAUUAGAUAUAUGUUUUUACCUUGCCUUUUUCACACAGUUCUAUGCAGCAGUGGGUAACACCAAGUUUAACCUGCUAACUCAGGAAAACAGUAUAACCAGAUGGUACAGACAGAGCCAGAUACUGGAGAAUAUGACAGGCAAAUACGUCUUCAUCACUGGAUGCGAUUCAGGAUUUGGGAAUAAGCUGGCAAAACAGCUGGAUAAUCGUGGAAUGAAGGUUCUGGCGGCUUGUCUGACAAACACAGGAGCUAGUGAGUUAAAGAAAGAAUGCUCCAGCAGAUUACAAACCGUGAUUCUGGAUGUUUCAGACAGCCAAAGUGUUAGUUCUGCUGCAACCUGGGCCAAUGGCAUUGUUGCUGAUAAGGGUCUUUGGGGGCUAGUGAAUAAUGCUGGAAUCUUAAUUCCUAUGGCCCCCAAUGAAUGGUUGACUAGGGAAGACUUUCGCAAGGUACUGGAAGUCAAUCUCUUGGGAAUGGUAGAUGUUACAAUCAACUUUCUUCCUCUUAUCAGAAAAUCCCACGGACGCAUUGUCAAUGUAUCUAGUAUUGCAGGAAGGGUAACACUGUGUGGAGGUGGUUACUGCUUAUCCAAGUAUGGAGUAGAAGCUUUUUCUGACAGCCUAAGGAGGGAGCUGAAGCCUUUUGGAGUGAAAGUCUCCAUCAUUAAUCCUGAUUUCUUUAGAACACCAAUUCUGAUUUCCGAAGUAAUAAAAGACCGUGUUACAGACAUUUGGAAAAAACUGCCUCUGAACCUGAAAAAUGCAUAUGGGGAAAAGUAUUAUAAACAAUAUUGUGAAUUCAUUGAUAAGAUAUGUUCCAUGACCAACCCAAAGAUCACAGUUGUAACAGAUUGUAUGGAGCAUGCCCUAACUGCAGUGCACCCAUGGACACGUUAUUCUGCUGGCUGGUAUGCCAAGCUGCUCUAUAUGCCCAUGUCUUAUCUUCCCACAUGUGUGGCAGAUUCUUUUCUCGACUCCUCCCCAGAUUUACCUAAAUGAGAAACAAUGAAGCACGAAGAAAAGCUCAUCCAACCUUCCAAAGCAAUGGCUUCUUUUUAAAGAUCUAUUUUACUUUAAUCAAUUACAUAUUUCUAUUGAUGUGACCUUAUACUUAUUACAUAUCUAUAUACGCAUUACCUUGUAAUACAUAACAUUUCCACAUGUAUAUCUUUUCAUAUAUAACAUUUAUGAAUAAAACACACUUGAAUCAUC